AAGAAAAAAGGAGGCGAAUUGAAGUCAAAGUUGUCCAAGUGCAUAAAGUUACUUUAUCAGCAAUACCAAAGUUAUGAGGAAGCAAGUGAAACUGAUACGCAAGAUGUUUAAGUCAACAACAUUAAUACCGAUGUUCAUGACAUGGGUUUUUUUCUGCAAGCAACCGGUCGUAGAACAAAUACAAGAUCUGAACUUGAUAGAUAUUUACAAGAAGAAUGCGAGCCAUACUCGCAUAAGUUCGAUAUAUUAAACUGGUGGAAGGUCAACUCAACCCGAUUUCCAAUUCUUGGAAAUAUGGCUCGCGAGGUUUUGACUAUACCUGUUUCUGCAUUUAGUACUGGAGGAAGAGUCCUCGAUCCAUACCGCAGUUCCUUAACACCUAGAAUGGUAGAGGCUUUAGUCUGCACAGGAGAUUGGCUUAAGGAAGAUCUUUUCUCUGCUUUAGAUGAUGAUGGUGAAGUUCUUCAACAAGUUGAUCAAGAUAUAUUUUCCUCUAAUGAUGGUGCUUGUUCUAUGGCAGCAUCAAUUGAUAAUCUUGAUGAUGACUAGGUAUGAUUAGCAUUCACAUUUAGUUUAAUACUUUCAUUUAAAGAUUUGUCUCAAAAUGACAAAGGUAUAUUUUGUUAUUUGCAUAUAUAUUUUUCUCAAAAGUUGUGGUUGUUUGAUGAUUUUGUUGGCAACUUGACAUCUUUUGAUA